AAAAAAGCGGCGAGGCAGCACACUCAUUUUGUGCGUAGGGCUUUUGAGUCUUCUCAUGCUUGUGGCCACUCUACACAGUCCACACCUACUUCUCUUGAGAUCGGUGCCAGAUCCUCCGCCGCAUCUUCUCCUCACUAGCACCGAGAGAGUGGGUAGAUAUGAUGGAAUCCGGCGCUGGUUACGUGGCGAUGGAGGAGAGGAUCGUUCCUGGAAGCUUCUUCCAGUUUCCUCUUCCCGGGUUCCGUGCUUCUCCCAAUCCAUCCCCUUGUCCUCCCUCUGAUCGUGAGAGGUACUUGGCUGAGUUGUUGCAAGAGAGACAAAAGUUGGCUCCUUUUUCACACCUUAUGCCACAUUGCUGCAGACUACUUAAUCAAGAAAUUAGGAGGGUCUCCAGUUUUUCCGAGGUUGAUAGAUAUGAGAAUGGCAGUCCAUUUAGAUCUCCUGGUCUGCCGCCCACAAAUGGAAAGCUUGAUUUUGAUGGAUGGUCAAUGAUGCAAGCAGAGGAGAAUUUCCAUCUCCAGAGAGCUUCCCCAUUUCGUUCUCCUGCUCCGGUAGGCUGGGCUGGGAUGCCAGGACUCAACACUCCACACAUUGUGAAAAAAUGUAUCAGACUUGAUGUGCCUGUUGAUAAAUUCCCAAGCUAUAAUUUUGUUGGGCGUAUUCUUGGUCCACGUGGGAACUCACUAAAAAGAGUUGAGCUUGCAACACAUUGUAGGGUGUUUAUUAGAGGACGAGGAUCUGUCAAGGAUACUGUCAAGGAGGAGAAUCUCAAAGGUAAACCAGGUUACGAGCAUCUAAGCGAGCCACUACAUCUACUGAUCGAAGCCGAGCUUCCAGAGGACAUAAUAAACUCUCAACUGGAGCAUGCCGUGCAUUUCCUGGAGUCGCUCCUAAAGCCAAUGGACGAAUCAGUGGACCACUACAAGAGGGAACAGCUGAAAGAGUUAGCGGCUCUGAAUGGUACGUUAAGGGAAAAGAGUCCAAGUCCGAGCUUGAGCCCUUGUCUGAGUCCAAGCAUGUCCCCUUUCAACAGCAAGCGUGCCAAGACUGGACAAUAA